CUUCGACCAGUUGCUAUCUCCUAUCCCCGUGUGAUAUACCUUCCUGCGCAACCACGUCAGUUCUCGCAAUGGCGCCCAUUCAAUCCUCAGCAACGUCCGCUGCUACUUCGAUUACAGAUCUCUCCAAACCUCCUCAACCUGAAAUCGAGGGGGAAAAUGAGAAAAAGCAAGAGCAAGAGGUCAACCUCAGUCGAAAGAGCUCGGGAUCCCACUCGGUGCCCAUCGACAAAGAUGGCGAGUUGGCACGCGAACUUUCUCGCAUCGACACCUCUGACUACCCAUCCGCCUUCCCCUUGGCUAUGAUCGUUGUGGCUCUGGCAUGCAGUAUCUUCCUGGUGGCUUUGGAUAUGACCAUUGUCGCUACCGCCAUUCCCCGGAUUACGGACCAAUUCCACAGUCUCGAUCAGGUUGGUUGGUAUGGAUCGGCCUUUUUCCUUACCAUCGGCUCGUUCCAAGCAACAUGGGGCAAGCUCUACAAAUACUUCCCUUUGAAGAUCUCAUACCUGGCCAGUAUCUUUAUCUUCGAAAUCGGGUCCUUGAUCUGUGCCGUCGCCAACAACUCAACCACCUUGAUCGUCGGUAGGGCGAUUGCUGGCAUGGGCGGUGCCGGUAUUGCUUCCGGCUCUUACACCAUCAUUGCAUUCUCCGCUCCGCCUAAACACCGACCUGCCUUCACAGGAGUCAUGGGAGCCACGUUUGGUGUGGCAUCCGUCAUUGGCCCACUCCUGGGUGGUGUUUUCACGGAUAAUUUAACCUGGCGAUGGUGCUUCUACAUCAACUUACCUAUCGGCGGUGUAGCUGCAGCCAUCAUUUUCCUCUUCUUCCGCACCCCUAAAGCUGCUCGACCACAGGCCGCCACGUGGCAAGAAAAGCUCCUCCAGAUGGAUUUCCCCGGCACAUUCGCGAUCAUGGCUGCCAUCGUUUGCUACCUGCUCGCCAUGCAGUGGGGAGGCACCACCAAGAAAUGGUCCGACGGGUCUGUCAUCGCCGUGCUUGUCCUAUUCGGCAUCCUGGUGAUCGCAUUCCUUGCCAUUGAAUAUUUCCAAGGCGAUCGCGCUCUUCUUCAAGGCCGUCUCCUUAAAGACCGAACCAUCGCCUCCAUGUGCGCAUACAUCUUCUUCACGGCAGGAUGUUUCUUCAUCCUCCUAUACUACCUCCCCAUCUACUUCCAGGCUACUCGCAACGUUUCCGCCGCCAAAUCCGGUAUUGACAAUCUUCCUCUUGUUCUGGGCGCCUCACUCUUUACCAUUGCCUCCGGCGGCCUCCUGACAGUCUGGGGACAGUACAUCCCACUCAUGGCUGUCGGUUCCAUCCUGGCGGCAGUCGGGUCUGGUAUGAUUUACACUCUGGAGAUCCACUCCGGUAGCGACAAAUGGAUCGGCUACCAAGCACUCGUUGGCAUUGGCUUGGGUCUGAUCUUCCAAAUCCCCGUCAUUGUCGGACAGGCUAUUGUCAAACCGUCAGACCUCAGCUCGGUAUCGGCAGUCAUCCUGUUCUUCCAGACUAUCGGCGGUGCUAUCUUCAUUUCUGCCGGCCAAUCUGGCUUCACGAACAAGAUGCUGCAAGAAAUUCCCAGACGAGCUCCCGGUGUCGAUCCAGCGCUUGUCAUCGCUACUGGCGCUACAGAACUCAGAAAGGUCUUCAACGCCGAGGAACUCCCGGGCAUCUUGUCCGCCUAUAUGGAAGGUCUACGCGUGCCGUUCGCCAUUGCCAUUGCCUGCGCGUGUGUCACGUUCUUGGUCGCCUUCACGCCCAAAUAUGAGAGUAUCAAGGGUAAAGUCAAGCUGGAUGCCGGUGGUGCUUGAGAUAUCCCUCUCUCAGUUGUACCGCAAAUCGAUACGAAUUAUUCAAACGAUCUCGUGCAGUUAAAUGGUGUUUCAGACGAGGAUUUUCCGACGCUCCCCUCUUGGUUCCGUCUUCCGAGGCGCAGAGUUGUUUUUUAACAUUCGGAACUUUGUGCAGAACUUUGUGAAUGACACUGGGUAUUGAGCAUAGCUCUGAUUUUCACGGGGUUCUCAUUAUCAUUGGCAUGGGCACGAAGAAUGACCUGGAUUGAGGACGAUUCAACACAUAUUGUAUACCACAUUAAUAGAGACGAAUGCAUUAUCUGGAGUUAACUGGGAAAACAUAUAGACAUUUUGUGUUGUAUUUGCAGCUCCGAUUACACAACCUCAGGUCUGUGCGAACAUAGACACUCGGUGACGGUAUGCAAGAAGCAGAUGGUACCUUUAUAACUUGGUCCACGCAUACUUACUCAAUCUCUACCGACUUCGAC